AUUAUCUGCAGAGCCACAGCAAGCAGGAUGCUCUUCACUCCUGCGGUUGCCAUUUCCUGGCCACUGAUAGCCUUCUCUACCGUGAGUUUGUCCUCUCCUCUUUUAAAGCCAUCCGAGUUGGUGGCCAUCACAGCCUUCCACUUUAAGCUGUUGAGGUGGAGGAGAAUGGAUGGAUGGACUCUCCCCGCCGCCCCGUUCUGCAACUCCUAUAGGAACCACUUGCGGAGUAAAAGGGGAUUGUGUCGCAAAGACACAUCCUACUUUUCAUCUCGACAUAUCCUCCCACUUCUGCUUUCUUCUUUGCAUUUAGAGAAUUCUCCUUGUGUUGGAGGCAGCAGCGGCACAAAAGAUUUUUCUUCUCUUUAAGGCACAGGGCUGCAGCAAUCAACAUUCAGAGGGGAGAGGACAGGCUGAGAGCUGAAGGCCGAGAUAGGGAGAAGACGGCAGUAAAGAAGACUCUCAGUCAAGAAGAAUGGAGAGCACAACUGCACUGACAAACCUUCCCAUUAAUAAUUCUUACCCAGACCCCUCAGAUCUUCACUAUGAAUAUGAAUACGACGAGGAAGCAUAUAUGUUUGGGAAAACCUUGCAAAAAAGGUUGAACAUUGUCGCUAUGAUAAUUUACAGCCUUGCCUUCCUGUUGGGAGUCAUUGGUAAUGGGCUGGUUAUAUUCAUUACCGGCUUCCGUAUGAAGAGGACAGUCAACACUGUCUGGUUCCUCAACUUGGCCAUUGCUGACUUUGCCUUCACUUUCUUCCUUCCCCUGAGCAUUGCCUACCUAGCCCUGGACUUUCAUUGGCCCUUUGGCCUGGCAAUAUGCAAGUUGAACUCUACCCUUGCCUUCCUCAACCUCUAUGCCAGUGUCUACCUCCUCACAAUCAUCAGCAUCGACCGGUUCGUUUCUGUGUUCUGGCCUGUGUGGGCUCAGAAUCAUCGGACACCCAGGCUGGCUUCCUUUGUGGCCUUGGGUGUUUGGAUCUUGGCACUGGUGCUGUGUUCUCCAAACCUCUAUUUCAGGGAUACAGUCCAACAUCACAAUGAUCCAAAAAAGACCAACUGCUACACCAAAUAUGGUAGCCCUCAGCAGCAUAAUGCAAUGGUCGCCAGCCGGUUCAUCUUUGGCUUCUUCAUCCCCUUCAACAUCAUCAUCGUUUGCUACGGGGCGAUUGUUCUGAAGCUGAGGAGGAACCAGCUAACCGAAUCAAACAAGCCCUUCAAGGUCAUCACAGCAGUGAUUGUGGCCUUCUUUGUCUGUUGGCUUCCCUAUCAUAUCUUCUCUUUCAUUGAGCUGAAAGCACGAGAAGAUGUAGACCUGGUUUUGGUGUUGAUCAUCGGCGUUCCGCUGACAACCAGCUUGGCUUUCGUCAACAGCUGCCUCAAUCCCAUCUUGUAUGCCUUCAUGGGGCAUGAUUUCAAGGAGAGGCUGAGAUACUCACUCUUCUCUGCAUUUGAGAGUGCCUUUGCUGAGGACAGCUGCCAGAGCUUGGUGACCAACAAGACCAGAUCUUCAGUAGAGUUAGACUCCCAGGGUGUAUGAAACCUUCUGCUUCCAAACCCCACCCUCCAGGGCAAGGUUGUGAAAUGUGUUCAUUCAGAAUCUAGUCCUGGUGGAGCUGGGGAAGUUGUAGUCUAAAUCAUCUGGAAGCAACCAGAUCUACAGUAUGUGUAUACAUUCCCCCUCCCCCUUCCAGCAGGAACUCACUGGAACUCA